CCCUUGCUUGUUUGUUUAUUGUUUCCAUGACGGUUUUAAUUACAUUGGAGUUUCCGAUGAGUUCGUAAAUUUAAAUCGAGAAAAAAUGAGUAAAUAUUCUGGUAAAAAUAAACUAAACCUUAAACUUCCGCCGGGAUCCAUUGAGCCAUAUGAUCCGUCUUCAGUAUCUGAUCCCAAUAAUGAGUCAUUCGAUACAAGUAUUGAAGCUCUUCAGAAAACUUUAGAUGGCUUAGAUCUUGAUGACCAGCAGCGAAAAAGGCUUGAAAAUUUCCUUUCUCAGAAACAGAGAGUUGGAGAACUUAGUGUUGAUGAUUUAGAAAAUUUAGGGGAACUUGGUGCUGGAAAUGGGGGAGUUGUCACAAAAGUUUUGCACAAAAGAAGUAAUCUUGUAUUGGCAAGAAAGCUCAUUCAUUUAGAAGUAAAGCCUGCAAUAAGAAACCAAAUAAUAAGAGAAUUAAAAGUUCUUCAUGAAUGUAAUUCUCCACAUAUUGUUGGCUUUUAUGGUGCUUUUUAUAGCGAUGGAGAAAUCAAUAUUUGUAUGGAAUACAUGGUAAUUUUUUG